AUGGCUCAGGCUCUGAAAAAAUUAUCGGCGCAAGCUCUGAAAAAUAAUUAUGCUGAGGCUCUUACAACCGGUAUUGUGAGCAGAGCAAGCAGCACCUGGUGGAGCAAUGUUCAGAUGGGACCACCUGAUGUCAUCUUAGGUAUUACUGAAGCCUUCAAAAGGGAUACAAAUCCAAAAAAAGUAAAUUUAGGGGUUGGUGCUUACAGAGAUGACCAAGGCAAACCUUUUAUUCUGCCUUCAGUAAGAAAGGCUGAAGAAAUUGUGUAUAAUAAAGCAUUAAACCAUGAGUAUGCCCCAAUUGGUGGAGAAGCUGCAUACACUGAUGCAGUCGCUAAACUUGCAUUUGGAGAAGACAGCCCAGUUCUCAAAAAUAAAAGCAACUGCACUGUUCAGACCUUAUCUGGAACUGGUGCCCUUCGCCUCGGUUUGGAGUUUAUCACCAAACACUAUGCCAAGACUAAAGAGAUCUGGCUGUCGACCCCCACAUGGGGCAAUCACCCUCAGAUCUGCAACAUGAUUAAUCUCCCGCAUAAGAAGUACCGAUACUUUGAUGCCAAGACAAAUGGAUUCGAUCUGAAAGGAGCUCUUGAAGAUAUAAGUAAAAUUCCGGAAGGCUCUAUUAUUUUAUUGCACGCAUGCGCCCACAACCCAACCGGUGUAGACCCGAGGCCAGAAGAAUGGAAACAACUGUCACAGGUGAUAAAAGACAGGAAGCUGUACCCAUUCUUCGACAUGGCGUACCAGGGCUUCGCGACGGGCAGCGUCGACAACGACGCCUUCGCCGUGCGCCUCUUCGUGCAGGAGGGCCACCAGGUCAUGCUCGCGCAGAGCUUCGCUAAGAACAUGGGUCUGUACGGCGAGCGCGCCGGCGCGCUCACGUUCCUGUGCGGCGACGAGGAGGCGGCGGCGCGCGUCAUGUCGCAGGUCAAGAUCAUGAUCCGCACCAUGUACUCCAACCCGCCGCUGUUCGGCGCGCGCCUCGUGCAGGAGAUACUCACCGACCCGCAGCUCAAGCGGCAGUGGUUGAGCGACGUAAAGCUGAUGGCGGACCGCAUCAUCUCCAUGCGGCAGCAGCUGCGCGCCGGCAUCGAGGGCGCCGGCAACAAGAACAGCUGGCGCCAUAUCACCGACCAAAUCGGCAUGUUCUGCUACACCGGCCUCAAGCCUGAACAGGUGGAACGCCUUACCAAGGACUUCCACAUCUACCUGACCAAGGACGGUCGCAUUUCAGUGGCGGGUAUCUCCUCCAACAACGUGAACUACGUUGCCGAGGCCAUGCACAAGGUCACCGCU